GGAAAGCAGCAGCAUCGAUGGACCCCUUGUUUCUCUCCCCCAGCAGCCGCUCCGACACCAGCCAUCCUGACGCACAAACAUCGGCCUCGCUCGAGGAGGGCUCCCUGACCCCUGUCGACCGCAGCUGCGGAAAAGACCAAGAUCCACAGCCUCUCGUCGGUGCCGCUGGUGCUAGUGGUGACGCAGAAUCCAUAGAAAAAGGGCAAGAGUCUGGUGUUGGUGGUAGUGGUGGGUUGACGACGUCAGCUGGGAGCGGUAGCAGCCUUUCCGUGAGCGCCAAGAGCAGCCACGUGGAGCAGGAGGACCACAGGGCCCCUCAGGUCCCUCACACAGCGAGGAGGGCGUCGAGCGGUGCACAGAUAGAGAGAGAGAUAGCCGCCGCAGACCGAGAGCAGGUCAACAAACAGGUCAGCCACGCCACCCACAGAUCGACAGACAGAGCAGCUGAUGACCAUCUGUAUGCCUGCUUCCUCACAUAAUGCGAUCAUGCAGGUCCCCGGUCGUCGCGCGAGUGACGGUUUCGUCACUCCCUCUCGCUCGGCAGACACACUCCGCGACACAGCGGCACCAGCUACAGCCCCUGAAACCACCAUCGCCACCACCACCACCACCACCGCCGCCGCCACCGCCACCGCCACCGCAGGCCAGCAGCCUCAGGCCCCCGAGCACGCACACAUUUCUCUCUCGCCCUCGCCCUCGCCCCCGCCUCACCACCAGAGGGGCAGCCGCUCGACGCUCUCACCCUCAGCCACACCCACCUCGCGUGAGAGGGCGCCUGUUGUGGAGCGAGGUUCGAAGACCCCUGAGCCGCGGGCAAGCCGAGACCAUCACAAGAUGGAGGAGGGCGAGGGCCGUUCGUCGUUUCUCAGUGGCUUCAUGAUGCGCUUCUCGCCGGGGCAGAAAAAGGCGGCAGAACAGACGCAGGAGCAGGAGCAGGAGCCGAUGCCGGCAGCAGCCACGCCCCCGCCCGUAGCCCGCGGGAAGGCCAAUAGCGACCAUGGUGACGACCAGCAGCAGCAGCAGCAGCAGGAGGAGGAGAGUGGGGAGAGGGGCGAGAGUGGGGGUUUCUUUGCGGCGAGUCUGCUGUACACGCCCAACAAGAAGGCCGACGACGGUGCGGCCAGCCCACAGGCGGCCAGCACCGCGGUGCACCGCCCCUCUCACUCACCCGGCGUCAUCGCACCAGCAGCACCACUAGAAGAACGUGAUCAUGAGCAUGAGGGAGAGGGAGAGGGUGAGGGCGAGGGAGAGGGAGAGGGAGAGAGGGGUUCGGAUGGCGUGCCCCUCACCCCUCCGCCCAAGAGCCCCUCUGCACCUUCGUCGACCUCGGGCGAGGGUAUCGGCGUGGGUCUGGAGAGGAAGCACCAGCAGCAGCAGCAGCAUCAGCAGCAGGUUCAGCAGGAUCAGAAGAUGAGCAGGGGGGACAUGUCGCGGGUAGAGGAGAUCCGGCGCAAGAUGAGCGCCAGGCUGCAGGGGGGAGUGGGCAAGGAGGGGCUGUCGCGGGGGGGCUCAGGCUCGCUCAGCCUCGCAAAGCUGCCAGGUACGGUAGGCACACACCACACCCACCGCACACACACGUGGAAAACGCCACGCCACCAUCUUAAGUGUGUCUGUCGUGGUGCAUUGCGUCAGAGGUGGCGGCAGCGGCAUCCUCCUCCCUCUCACCCGCCUCUGACGCCUUCGACUCACCCGAGUCACUGCAGUCGAUGCAGUCGAUCCCAGCCCACCACACACCCACACCCAAACCCGACCAGCCACACCCACACCCCCCGUCCCGCCCCCUCACCACCGUCACCCCCUCCCCGGCCAGCGCGGAGAGCGGCGGCAUCGGAGGCAUCGGAGGCAUAGGCGGCAUCGGAGAGAGCCCCUCUCGAUUGACGAUGUCGUAUCGCGAGAAGCGGGAGCUGACCAAGUUGCAGGAGGAGAACGAGCGGUUGAGGAAGGGCAUGGACGAGGAGAGAUGUCGGAGGGAGGGGUGUGUGGGGGCGCUGAAGGAAGCGUGUCGACUGGUGGAUGUGCUGCAGAGGGAGGUCCGGGAGGGGGAGACUGCCCGGGUGAGGGAGGGAGGGAGGGAGGGAGAGAGACAGAGAGGGAGAGAGGGAGGGAGGGAGGGAGGGUGUGCCGUCGCUGUGUGGUGUUCAGUGUGAGUUGGUGGGGGAGUGCCAGCAUUUCAAGGACAGUAGCCAGCAGCUGCAGGGCCUCCUCGUCAAGGCCAGAGAUGUACACCCCACACACCACACCACAACACACUACAACACCUGACACACACCUUCUCUCUCUCUUUGUUUAGCGUGAGCGGCAGCACCUGGACAACCUGGGCAACAGCCAGAAGACCGUAGAGGAGUGGCGCGCCAAACACCAGCAUCUCUACGAGGACGUGCAGGUGCGUCAGCCCUCUUCCCCACCCUCUCCCUCUCCCCCCUCCCAACACACACACAUCCAUCCAUCCAUCCAUGUGUGUGUGUGUGUGUGUGUGUGAUGGACAGGAGAAGCUGAAGGUGACGAUGGAGAACUACGAGCGGCAGAAGAAACUACUCAAAGAGAAGACGGCCAGCGAAGAGGUCCGUGGGAUAAGGGCACCUGGUUGUGUAGGGAUGGAUGGAUGCCUUUGUUUGUUGAUGCGAUGCAGGCCAAGGAGAGCGAGCUGCGGGUGCUGCAACACGAGUUUGAGAAGCAGGCUCAGCAGCUCGCCAAGGUCACACGCUCGCCCCCACCCCCUUCAAGGGCACACACAGGGAUUGGACUCCCGUGUUGCGCUGUGUUGUGUUGUGUUGUUGUAUCCUGCUACACCCCCACAACCACAACACAGGCUGAGGAGACCGCCCAGCAGGUCCCCGGCCUGCAGGAAGACCUCAAACAGAAGGACCAACAGGUGCAGUGAAUCUCUCCAUCCAUCCAUUUUGUGUGUGUGUCGGAUAUCCGUGUGUGUGUGCAGUUGAGCGGUCUGCGUAUGGUGAAUUUGAAGCUCGAGGAUCGCAACGGGGAGCUGGAAACACACAUCACGCAGUAAGUAAACAAAGCACGAACACACACACGUGGCCGCCAACGCGCAACACCCCCACACACAUCCGCACACCCCUCUCUCUCUCUCUCUCUCUCUCUCUGUGUGUGUGUGUGUGUGUGUGGACAGGCUGCAGGCCUCAGUAGACGAGCUGCGGCAGCAGCUCAGCCAGCGGCCUGUCCAGCAGCAGCCUGACGGGUCAUCGGCGUCGGUAUCGCACUUGGAGGGCCACCACGUCGACUACAGCAAGCGCCGCAUGUCGAUGUUCACACCACAUGCAGAGGGAGAGGUGGAGCACCAAGACACCACCACAGAGGGGUGAGCAUAAUGCCAGCGGGAAGGAUGCCACCCAGGCGGCAUGUGUGUGUGUGUGUGUGUGUGACGGCCACAGGGCGCCGAAUGCCCGGACGCACCAACCUACCCUCUCCACACACAAAGGCACGCAACACACGCAAAGCACACGAGCCACAUGCAGUCCCCAAGUACGGCGUUAUGUGUGUGUCGAGCAGAGGAUGACCAGGGAGGAGAGGGCAAUGGCGGCGAGAGUGCCGCUGCUGCCGCUGCUGAUAGUGGUAGCAGUGCUGCUGCUGCUGCUGUAGAGGAGCUGCGCAAACAGAUGGCCGAGCAGCAGCAGCUGAUCGACUCGCUGCGGGCCAAGGUCGAAGAGCGCGAUACCGAACGUAUGUUACCCACGACACACCGCACCGCAACACACACACACACACACACAAGGGACACACACACAUCGUUCCAUUGGUUGCUUGCAGUGGCGGCCGCGCAGCAGCGCUUCGAAGAAAAGGACGGCGAGUGCAACCAAAUCACACAGGUCAGUCUGUCAGUCAGCUGCCCUGCCCUGCCCAACACCACACCACACCACACCACACCCCCUCCCCUCCCCGCCAGCCUGCAGGCAAUGCAUCUCAUCUGUCUGGCGUGUGUGUCGUUCGUUCAGUAUUGCCAGGAGCUCCUCGAGAUGAUGCCGACCAUUGCGGACGGCGAGGCGUCGGAGGACUCGCCUGAGAGUGACCAUGGCCACCAGCAGCCGCAGCCGAGGGAGAGGGAGAGGGAGAGGGAGAGAAUGCAGGCGCGGCUGUCGGUCAUGGCUGGGCGGCUCUCGAUGGCGGCCAACGCCUCACACCAGAGCAGUUGAUAGAUAGACGUAGAGAGGGCGAGGUAGACAGACAGACUGACUGACUGACUGACAAGAGAGAGAGAGAGAGUGUGUGUAGACUUUGCACUGCAGCGUACGAGUGUGUAGGUGUGUGUGUGGGGGGGGGGGG